AUGGAGGACACCGGCCAGGCAGGUCCCGCCGAGAACCUUCCGGAGCCUGAGCCUCUGUCGCCAGCCGUGGAGGCCGAGGCUGAGGACGAAGCAGACGACGACGACGAGUUCAGCUUCCCCGUCCCGCCGGUCGCCGCCGACGCGUGCAUCGUGCCCGUGUACCCGAUCUUCGGCCGGGCGCAGUCCCCGCCGCCGCGGGGGGAGGUGGUGGAGGAGCCGGGGACGGCCACCGUGCGGGUGCCGCUGGGGCGGCUCCUGCUGGAGGAGCGCGAGUUCCGCGCGCGGGAGCAGUACGGGCGAUCGGCGAGUGCGCGGCGGGCGUGGCAGGAGGAGGACGACGACGACGACGCCUCCGGCGGCGGCGGCGCCGGGGAUGAGGACCUGGAGGGCGUGCCGCCGGAUAGCUACUGCCUGUGGGCGCCCGGCGGCGGCGGGCAGUCGUCGCCGCCCGCGUCGCCGCGCCGGUGCCGGAAGAGCGGCUCCACGGGCUCCGUCCUCCGCUGGCGCCGCAUCAGCGACCGCCUCGUCGGCCGCAGCCACAGCGACGGCAAGGAGAAGUUCGUCUUCCUCACCACCGCCGCCACCGCCGUUCCGGAGCCGCCUCGUCCUAGUAUCAAGGAAGAGGAGGAAGGAGGCGGCGGCAUCAACAAAGGCGGCGACGCAGGCAGCGUGGCCCAUCAAUUGAGAUAUUACGGCAGAGGAGGCGGCGGCAGCGGCAGCCGGAGGCGUUCGUAUCUGCCGUACAAGCAAGAACUCGUCGGGCUGUUCGCCAACGUCAGUGGGUUGCGCCGGAGCUAUCACCCGUUCUAA